AUGUCCUCGGAGCAAGAUUAUCAAGAUCUAUUCGGUCCUCAAGCCAAGAGGGCCAAACGUGGUCGACUCCAGACCGACAAGUCCGCGAAUGCCAUUCGAAUACGCGAUAAUCAACGACGAUCACGCGCCCGCCAUAAAGAGUUCGUCGACGAGUUGCAGCGCAAGGUCCAGGACUAUGAGAAGCGGGGGACCCAGGCUUCUUUGCAGAUGCAAAAGGCUGCUCGAGACGUCGCCUUUGAGAACUCACGACUCGCGACAGAAAAUACUCGUCUGCGCGCCCUGCUCGUCAGCAAAGGCGUAACAAAUGGAGAGGUGGAUGCACACUUGCGAUCGUUAGAUGACGAGGGUAGCAAGGGUUCGCCCAGCGCGUCCAACAUAACGACACUCGCUCCCAUCCUCAACACACCCAUCCUCCUCGAACCAUCACCGACCCAAUUGCCUCCGCUGCAGGAACACUUCGGCAAGGCAAGCUUCUCGUCCGAGACGGAGAACGAGCACCUGGCAUCCAAGAGGAAAUUUGGGGACUCGCUGCUCCCGCCGGUGCUCACCCUUACCCCAACUCCCGAUGUCCAACAAUCCUCCCCUCUAGACAGGCUCGCCGUGCUCGCCGACGCUAGUCUCAAUCGCUCCUCCCAGACUGGCUCGGCACCCAACACUGCCUCGGAACCAUCCAAGAGCCCGCAUCCCUAUCAUCGUCGGAGUGAGACACCUCCCCGUCCCUUGGAGUUCCAUCAGCAGCUCCCACCGGCUGCCUCGCCGCUGGAAAUGUCUUGCAAUGCCGCGGCACGCAUCAUUGCCGAUAUGCAAGGACACGGCGACGAUCGAGCUACUCGACUGGCUUUGGGCUGCGGCGUCCAGGAUGAAGAAUGUUUUGUCAGAAACACGUCUGUCUUCCGAAUGCUCGAUCAUCGAUGA